AGAGAGAGAGAGAGAGAGAGAGAGAGAAUGACGCUGGUGCUGAAGCAGUACAUCCUCUAACAAAAUUGGAAACUACAUCACUGCGGAAUGAGCUGCAGGACGGACGCGGGACUCGAACACAGGUCUGAGAUUCCGACCUCUUUUACCGAAACCCAAUUUCUUGGAGAUUUUGGAUGGGUUUAAGCCCCGACAAAGCGCGUGUCAACACAAUCGAGAGUGUAUCACGCCCAGAUCGGGAUGUCUCUGAGGUGCGUGAAUAGAGGAACUUGUCGUCCUGAACCGCACGGGGAUUAAGGUGUUUGUGGAUUUCCAACAAUUACGGAAAAAUGCACGAGGACGAAGUUUGGAUGGCCGGACCAGAAGACGUCAGAGAGGCUGAGCCGAACUUUAGCCGUCGCUCGAGGGAUCAGGGGUAUGAAUGACACUGCACGCUGUCAUGGCAACGGUGACGAGUCGAACCGAGUGCCUCUGAUGGACGAAUGACCGUACUGUCAAGAUCGCAGCUGGAUAUUUAUAAGUGAAGAAUUUGUCUAAAGAUGUCAGAUUCGGGAAGGAAGACACCUCCGGCCCAGCGGCAUCGGAGGAAGCAGGGGGUUCACGGACCAGAGGAGCAGAAGAAGAUCUACACGGACUGGGCGAAUCACUAUUUGGCCAAAUCAGGACACAAGCAGCUGAUUAAAGAUCUGCAGCAAGAUGUUUCUGAUGGAGUGCUUUUGGCUGAAAUCAUCCAAGUCGUAGCCAAUGAAAAAAUUGAAGACAUUAACGGGUGCCCAAAGAGCCACUCGCAGAUGGUUGAAAAUAUUGAUACAUGUCUGACUUUUCUGGCAGCAAGAGGUGUGAACAUACAGGGACUCUCAGCUGAAGAGAUCAGAAAUGGGAAUCUGAAGGCGAUACUAGGACUGUUUUUUAGUUUAUCUCGAUACAAACAGCAGCAGCAACAGCAGCAGAGCUCGUUACACACACACUUUACACAGACUCAGACACAAUCUGCACAAACACACACAACCUCCUCGCAUGGGACGCACGCAUCAGCAGCACAGAUCCAUCGAGCACAGGCGGAGAUGCAGUCCAGGACUUCCUCUGAGAGCAAACUUCUCAAGUUUUCCAUUGGUCAGAAAAAGACAUCUAGACUUCCUGGCCCUACGUCGAGAGUUUCCGCUGUGUGUGUCGAGUCGUCGCCGCGAGGGUCACUCAGCUCAGCAGGGAACAGACGCAGCCAGACGUUCAGUGAGAAAAUCAAACCUGCAGCCACACAGAGCAGAGAAUCAUCAGACGGCAUUGCUUCCCAAACUCCAAGCAUGACUGAGCACGCUCCAUCGUCAUCGGCAACCACGUCUGCUGUCACCAGCACUGUGCCGUCUUCUUCUUCCACUUCCUCGGCCACUUCCUGUUCAGCCAUCCCUCAGCCCAACUCGAGCAGCAAACCCUGGAGGAGCAAAUCUCUGAGCGCCAAAAACACAUCUACCUCCACUAUUUCCCAAGUUAAAGGGGAAGUCCCUUCCAAACAGACCCCUCCUACUGACCCACCUCCUAAAUCCCUGCCUCAGAAGUCCAUGUUAGAAAAACUCAAACUGUUCAACAGUAAAAGUGGCUCGAAAUCCUCUACGCCCCCAGAGGGCGCUGUGCAUAUGCCGCUUAUGUUGGAGAAGGUAGAAGCUACCGAGCCUGUGGAGGAAGCUAACGGCUAUGCACUAACAAGCAGCAGCCCAAAGAUGGCACUGAAAGGCAUUGCACAGCGCACCUUUAGCCGGGCUCUAACGGCCAAAAAGGGCUCAGUGAAAGGUGGCGACAAAGAAAAGGACAGUGACAAAGAGAAAGAGCGGGUUAGAGAGAAAGAGAAGGAGAAAGAGCGAGGAAAGGAGACUUCGAGAAGAAUGUUCACUUUUGAAAAGUCAGCGAGUAGAGACGCAGUAUCCACAGAGGAUGUAACUACCAGAAGUGAUGUUAGCAUCACCGCUGCAGAGCCUAAAAGGACCUCGAAAAUUGCCAGCUUCAUUCCCAAAGGAGGCAAAACCAGCGGCAAGAAAGAUAGCGCUGCCUCUAUGCAUAGUGGAAUCCCCAAACCAGGAAGUAAAAGCACAGCUAAAAGCUCAGGAGUGCCGCUCUGUGGUAAAGACAACGAAAGGCCACGUAGCAUGAGGCUAAGCAGCGGAGUCGGUUUCCACGUAGACAGCCGUCCCUCUUCUUCCUCUUCCAGUCUGGCAUCUACAGAGGGAAAAGGUAAUCAGAAUCACAGCGUAGCCUCAGUUGGAAAUGGAGGAACUACCCAGUCCACCGCUAGCAACACAGUUAGUGUGCAGCUUCCUCAGCCUCAGCAACAGUACAACCACCCGAACACAGCCACUGUAGCACCAUUCAUGUACAGAUCCCAGACAGAUGGGGACGACACCACAGAAACAGGCUUCCCGGGACACACCGGAGAGUCGGGUAGCUUCAGCAAAACCAAUCAGACAUCCACUGAAGAUUUAUCAGGUGAAGAUCCUGAGACUAGGAGACUGAGAACUGUCAAAAACAUUGCAGACCUUCGACAGAACCUGGAAGAAACCAUGUCCAGUUUACGGGGGACACAAAUAACACACAGCGCUCUGGAAACUUUUGAUAGUGGCGUCACCAUGGAAAUGAACCCUCGUGGUUUCCGGUCAUCUCGUGCCGCACCGCUGUCAUGGGCCAAUCGGAUCGGUCCAUCCAGCCCAAGGCUGCAGGCAGGCGACGCCCCAUCACCAGGGAACGGGUAUCCGGCCCAUGGAGGCAUGGGUGGAUCUGCCCUGGGUCACACACGCUACCUUUACUCUGCUCCUCUGCGCAGGCAGCUAGCAGCACGUAGCAGUGCCAUCUGUGGGCUUGAGCUGGGAGAGCGUGGUGCAGAGGAGCUCGAGCUGGACGUCAGCGGCUACGUCAGUGAUGGAGACGUGCUGGCCAAGAACGCACAUGCUGAUGAGCUCAGCAGUGGCUACUUGACUGAUGGUGGUUUGAGUAUAUAUUCUCGCCGUAUGAACCGCUUCCCAGAUGGACUGGCAUUGAUGCGAGAAACUUUGCAGAAGCAUGUAUCGACUGGUCAAGGAGAUGCAGACAGUUGGGAUGACAGCAGCUCCGUCAGCAGUGGGAUUAGUGACACGAUCGACACUGAUGACAUCAACACAAGUUCCUCUAUCAGCUCAUACACACACACAUCUGCUUCAUGCAGAGCUCUGAACACCCAGCUUUCUCCUGUGACUGACGCCGAGAAACAUUCGGCAGUCGAGCGACACUCAAGUUGGUCCUGCGAUGAAGUCAAGAAAUCUGACGGUAAUUCAGACAGUGGUGUGAAAAUGGAGUCUGGGUUAAAAUGGCGCCAAAACCCUUCUGACAUAUCAGAUGAGUCAGAUAAGGGAGGAUCUGGGAAAAGGGCAGGCGCCGUCUCUCAGACCGGCUCAUGGAGGAGGGGCAUGAGCGCACAGGUUGGCGUGACGACGCCACGCACCAAAAACACCACAGUUACCUCAGGACCAGGCGUGAUGAAAACACAUGGGACAGCUAAAACAGAUGACGCUAAAGUUUCAGAGAAAGGUCGCGUUUCUCCCCACGCGAACAAAAUCCAGAGCUCUGACUCCGCCCCUUCCCGUGUUUCCUUCGGCUUAAAGAAACCCAGCUCAGGGUCCAUCUCGGGUCCUGCUGCCACGGCGGCGACCUCCAGCACAGUCAGCAGAGUCACGGUCAUCAGUGGUUCAGCCACACUAGGGAAAAUCCCCAAAUCCACAGCUCUGAUGGUGGGUGGAAUCAGAUCUGGUCUGAAAGGGUCAACACUAGAGUGCGCCAUGGUGACUCAGGAAGACAGCGGCCUAACGCCUGGUGUCCGGUCGACUCUGCAGUACCGCAGCCUGCCCCGACCUUCACGCUCCUCCCACAACCGCGCAUCCAUCAGUAGCAUCGAAUCAGGAUCAAGUGGCCGAGGUCCUACCAUCAGUCUGUCUGUCUCGGCCAAUAAGACGCGAGAGUCCGUCCCCAACAUGAAAACCAAUCAGACAGACAAGGAAAAGGGCGGAGUCUCUGAUGCGGACAACUUAAGAGCAAACGUGGUUGGCUCAAGUUCGACAAUUCCACAGACAGCGAGACAAGGGAGUAAAUAUACAGAGGUUUCAUCACCCACAUUGCGCAGACUUUUUGGAGGUAAAGCUGCCAAGCAGGCCACUGCCUCAGAGAACCUGAAGAACUCUGUGGUCAUUUCAAACCCUCAUGCCACAUUAGGACACCACUCUGUGCCCUCUUCUGGGCUCCUAGACUCCUCCUCAGUGGGCAGCAGCCUGGUUGCAGGGGGCAGCGAGCAGAUGUCCAGCCCGGGCUCGGGUUACUCCGGGGGUACGGGGACAUGGGGCCACCCGUCAGUCAGCAGCAUGCACACCAGCUCUGAAUCCAUCGACAUGUCAGUCAGCAGCGGGAAGCAGCACGACAGCAGCCACCAGCCAAUCACUCGCACAGGCAGCACCAAGACAGACAGUCCAUUCUCUUCCCCAUCUGCUAGUCCCAAAUUCAGCCGCAACACCUUGCCUCGGAAGCAGGACAGGUACACCCCAUCACCGCAUCUGCGCCCAGAAGAGGCACGUGAUUGGCUGCGCUCGCAUUCCAUCAGCGGAUUGCAGGACUCGGCCAGUAACUCACCAUUUUCUACCGGCUCCAGCGUGACCUCACCAUCUGGGACGCGGUUCAAUUUCGGGCAGCUUGCCAGUCCCACCACAGCAGCUCAGCUCAACAUUUUGAGUCUGCGCAACAGCAGUUUGACUAAUCAGGAUGCAGUUCUGGACACAUGCAAUGAGGGCCGCUUGAGAAACUCCUGCGUCUCUUUGGAUGAGAAAACUCGCAUCAUGAGUCGCUCGGCCUCCUUCAGAGACGGGUUUGAAGAAGUUCAUGGUUCCUCUCUUUCUCUGGUCUCGAGCACGUCUUCCAUCUACUCCACGAAUGAAGAGAAGUCACAGUCAGAAAUUCGGAAGUUACGCAGAGAGCUGGAUGCCUCGCAAGAGAAAGUGUCAGCACUGACAACACAGCUGAGUGCUAAUGCCCACCUGGUAGCAGCAUUUGAGCAAAGUCUGGCCAACAUGACCAUCAGACUAAAGAGCCUCACAAUGACUGCAGAGCAGAAGGACACUGAGCUGAACGAAUUGAGAAAGACCAUCGAGUUGCUAAAGAAGCAGAACGCUGUGGCUCAAGCUGCCAUUAACGGUGUCAUUAACACUCCUGAACUCACCUGUAAACCUGAACGUACAGCUUCUGUGGGCUCAGUCUCAGUACAGGCAGAGAUGUGUAUGCGCAGACAGCACUCAUCAGACAGUGUGUCCAGCAUCACCAGCCACUCCAGCAUGGAGAAUACAGACAACUGCAACAGGAAAAAGAAGAAAAACUGGGUUUCCGAGCUGCGCAGCUCCUUUAAGCAGGCUUUCACAAAAAAGAAGUCUCCUAAAUCCGCCUCGUCCCAUUCAGACAUCGAGGAGAUGAACGACUCGCUCCCUUCAUCUCCUAAACUUCCUCAUAAUGGAUCCAGCAGCUCAACACCGAUGCUCAGGAACUCCAACUCACUGUUGCCAGAGGGUUUAGAUGUUGAAGCAGAGACUGUAAUGCAGCUGCGGAGCGAGUUGAGAGAGAAAGAAAUGAAAUUGACAGACAUUCGGUUAGAGGCGCUUAGCUCCGCCCACCAACUCGACCAAUUGCGAGAGGCCAUGAAUCGGAUGCAGUCUGAGAUUGAGAAGCUGAAAGCAGAAAAUGACCAAUUAAAAAUGGAGAACCAAACUGCGAACGGUGGCCGAGUGUUAAUCACAUCAAGCUCUAUCACAACUCCAUCGACUGAACUCGCGCAACAAAACCUCCACGAGUCCACAAACCUUGAUAUAUUGCUGGAUGAUUCUGGAGGAGGAGACGGCAGUUUCCAUAAAGAUGGCCAACAUGUAAAGAUUGCAGUCAGUUUACAGAGAGAAGAUGCUCCCUGGAAAGAGGAUUGCAGACCUCGGGACUUCCUCAUUGGCUGUAUUGGAGUUAGCGGGAAAACCAAAUGGGACGUUUUGGAUGGAGUAGUGAAACGGCUGUUUAAAGAAUACAUCAGGCAUGUAGAUCCAGUCUGUCAGCUGGGACUAAGCUCUGACAGUGUGGAGGCGUACCGUAUUGGAGACGUAAUCAGGCCUGGUAGAGCAAAAACUCCAGAACUACUGCCCUGUGGAUAUUUAGUAGGGGAAAACAACACAAUAAACAUUAAACUUAAAGGUGUGAGCUCCCAGUCGACUGACUCUCUUGUGUUUGAGAUGUUAAUCCCGAAGCCUGUGUUGCAGCGCUACGUGUCACUGCUGCAAGAACAUCGCCGGCUCAUUUUGUCUGGUCCAAGUGGCACAGGGAAAACAUAUUUGGCCCAGCGUCUGGCUGAACACCUGACACUGCUCGAGGGACGCACCGAUACACACACUGCCAUCGCUAACUUCAGCGUAGACCACAAGUCAAGCAAGGAGUUACGGCAGUAUUUGUUGACUGUAGUGGAACAGUGCAGUGUGGAUCAAAGCGCAGCUCCUUUAGUCAUCAUACUGGACAACUUGCAUCACAUCAGCUCACUGGGGGAGAUAUUCAAUGGACUACUUAACCAAACACGCCAGCACUGCCCGUAUAUCAUCGGAACCAUGAGUCAGACGACGUCUUCGUCUCCUAAUUUGCAGCUUCAUCAUAACUUCAGGUGGGUUUUGUGUGCAAAUCACACUGAGCCAGUGAAGGGCUUUCUGGGCCGUUUUCUGAGGAGGAAGCUUAUCGAGACCGAGAUCAGCAGCCGGACACGGAAUCCAGAGCUGGUGAAGAUUGUUGAGUGGAUUCCUCGCCUUUGGCAUCAUCUUAACUGUUUCCUGGAGGCUCACAGCUCAUCAGACGUCACUAUCGGUCCGCGUCUGUUCCUGUCAUGUCCCAUGGACAUGGACGGGUCACGCAUUUGGUUUACGGAUCUGUGGAAUUACAGCAUCAUCCCAUACAUGCUGGAAGCUGUCAGAGAGGGUUUGCAGCUGUAUGGACGCAGAGCUGCAUGGGAUGAUCCUGCUCGUUGGGUGAUAGAGACGUUUCCAUGGCGAUCAAGCUCCAAGCAGCCUGAUUGGCCUGCGCUGCUAAAACUCCGCCCAGAGGAUGUGGGUUUGGAUGGUGGCUCAACCUCUAAAGAGGGAGCUACCAAACAGAGCAUCCAGAGCGACAGUGAUGCUGAUCCACUGAUGAACAUGCUAAUGCGUCUGAAGGAGGCAGCAAACUGCUCCAGCACUCAGAGUUACGACAGCGACUCCAACAGCAACAGUCACCAUGACGACAUCCUCGACUCGUCCUUGGAGUCAACUCUCUGACGCGUCCUUUUAUAACUUUCCUCCCAAAACCUCCUUUGAAUGUUUCCUCUUGUUCAGGCAGGAGUGAAAUUAACUGCACUACUCAUAAUUCAGCGUAAUGUAAAACUAAUCAUGGACAUGAACAAGCUUCAUGAAGAAGAAGAUGACGAGGAUGAGGAUGAAGACAGGAAGAAGACAGAAACUGCACUACCAUGACAGAUCCUGCUGUGAUGGAUGGAUUAAAGAAUAGCACACGGCAUCAGACAGAGAUUUUCCAGAAUCCUUACCUCACUAAUGUCCACCUAUAAUGUCUAAUAAUAAUAAUAAUAAGUUUUAAAGCUUUGCUAAAUAUCUUCAUAUCCUUGUUCUGCCUUUCGUAACCCUGCGGCUUUUUUUUUAGAGAAACAUCAAAUGUGUCAGUCAUUUCUCUCAAACAACGUUGUGUUGAAAGAAUUGGUGCUAUGAAUGAUUUUCUUCUCUACUGUGAAUGUCUGGACUCACAUGACGGUGGCUCACAAAAGUUGCUUCUGAUGCUGGCCAUCAUUUUAUAACUUAAAGUCAAAGGAUUGACACGUUCUGGGAGACUUUCCUGGAGGACGAGGCGACGUGAUUUUCCUGUUUGUUUGCAUGAUCAGUAAUAGUUCAUCACCAGCACGGAGUUUUCACUUGGUUUACGUCUCGCAGGCACUUGUUCAUCAUUGAACUCCCUCGUUCUUUCUUUCAUCCCUUCAUUUUGGUGCUGAAGAGCCCAGUGCCUUACUGUGUUUUUUGCAAAAGGGCUUCAUGCUGCAUACCUGAGCAGCUCAGAGUGGCUUCAUCAUUUUAAUGAUGCAGAGGAGGAAUGAAAACAUUAGGCACAAAAACCCUGUGAUGCUUAGAAGGAGCGUGCGCAGAUGUGCGUGUUUAUACCUCAUCGACUGUCCAGAACAUUACUUUGGCCUUAAUUCCCAUGUGACACCACUGUGAAGGGGAAUGACUUAAAGAGUGCUUAUCAUGGAGUCACAAAUGUUCACUGGUUUCUAAAAUAAAAUAGCUGCAUAUAGUUUGUAAACAGUUUGUAAAAGCCUGCCCAGUCCAUGAGGUCUGUUUAUAGAAACUAAGCUGCAAAAAAACAGCCCAUUUUAGAAUUCCUGUUUCCUAGACCUCAUUGAAACACUUGACCCAUUUACUUUACAGUAGGCAGUUAUCUCUUGAAAGUUUCACUCCACCCAUUUACAGUACUUUAUAGCAGGUAAGCCCCACCCUCUCCCACUGAAAGUUUAACUCCACCCAUUUACAGUACUUUAUAGCAUGUAAGCCCCACCCUCUCCCACUUAAAGGCUAACUCUGCCCAUUUGCAGAACUUUAUAGCAAGUAAGCCAGCCCACUUUCACUUAAAGGUUAACUCCACCCAUUUACAGUACUUUAUAAGAGGGAAACUCCACCCAUUUACAGUACUUUACAGCAGGAAAGCCCCACCCACUCCCACUAAUUUUGUUGGAGCAUUUGAUUGAUAGAUGUUGCAGCAUGCAGGUAAACCUAGCCGUCAGGAAACAAAUAAGCUACAAAAGUGUACACAUGACCGUCUAUGUUCUGAAUGAUAGCAUAUUAUGACAGGACUCUACUGCUGAAGGAUGACUAUACUUGACCCAACAGCAGACACACAACCUGGAAGCAGAAUUUCCAUCUAAUAUCUCAUUGACUCAUGACUUUUGUAUGAACACUGACUGGGGCAGCUUUAUCUAACAACAUAUGCAUUGUACUCAAUGAGCUAACUCUAGCUAGCUACAGUCAGCCUUUCUAAUCUGCUAAUUCUGUAGCUAGUCAUGUCAAUAACAGUCACAUAUUUUUAUCUCUUUGUUCUGUUCUGAGAGAUGAUGAGAGGAAGGGAAAUGCUAAAUUGAAUGAUGACUUUUUGUACAUAAAACUACGCAAAUAUUAUAAGUGGAUUUCAGGGAAAAAGAUCAAAUACAAAAACAACGUAGGAUACGGGACCUUAAUGCUAACUGAUACCAUAUCAAAUGACUCUUCCGCUGCUGUUAUAGACUUUUAGGAAGAGUUGAGUGAAUGGAACGUCAGGAGAAAGAAGCGUUGACUUGAUAUCAGGAAUUGAUUGUGGUUCUGUUUUAAUUCCUCAUGGAAUUCUUGUGUUGUUGAAUUUGUGCAGUUUUAUGUUAAUAAUGUCGCUUACCUUCAGCAUUUUGAUCCUAUGCAACAUUGUUCAGAUUUUAUAUGGAAGCCAAAUAAGGUAUCAGCACUGCCAAGUGUGUGUGUGUCUGUGUGUAUAUGUGUGUGUGUGUAUUUAUAUAAAUACGGAUUGUACACUCUGUAUAUACUCUGUGAAUAACUCCCAGAUUAUGAUGUGCCUACAUUUUAUAAAGUUGGAUGUAAGUCGAUUCAAGCACAGACAUGUUUUAAUUUUAUUCUCAUUACUGAAUGUUUAUUUCCUGUGUAAAUGAUUUAAAUACGCAACAUUCAUUAAAAAAAAUCCUGCAUUUGAAUGAAUAAAUGUUUACUUACAUGUUUAUAACAACAUAUUUUGUGCACAGUGCUUAUUCCAUAAUCUUUAAAAUAACAGA